AUGUCUUCCUCAAAAUCAGAUACAAAUGGAAUUUCUAAGUCGUACAGCACAAGAGACCAGCCGCAAAAGGAUUACAAUGUGUCAAAUCUCCAGAGACUUGCCGAGGGAAAAAUACCCCAAGCGAAGGCCAAUGCUGCGGACGCACAAGCAUCGUACCACCAACAAAAGUCCGGUGAAGGUACUGAGACAGCCACUUCUGAUAGAAGCCAACCGGUUCAGUCACAGUCGAAACCGCAGUAUAAUUCUCAAGACGGACAGUCUGGCACUGACGGUGCCAAUGGAGCUGCUCCUAUUGAGCAACAAGACACAGAUAUGGAAGGAUCUGACUCAGAACCCCCUUCCCCAGUGAACGUCAAUGACCAGUUGGAAGAUGAGGUCCUGGUUGACCUCAAAAAGUUAUCAAUCGGUCGAGAUCAAAAUGGAGAACCCGACGCCUGGAGCCGUCUAGGACGAUCACUCGUACUGCUGGUUCGAUAUGGGCCCAAAAAAGCGGCAAAAUAUCGCGUGCAGACCGUCAACGGAUACAACACUACUGGCCUGCAAAAAAUAUCGAAACUCAAGAGUCGAAUCUCGCACGUCACAUACGAAAGUCAAGAUGGCGAAGAGCAUAAGCGAUAUACCAGAAAUAACAUCGUCGGUAUCGUUGGUGUAGCAAUCCAUGAAAGAAAAGAUACGACCAAAGAUUACAAGUCAGCUCCCACUGCUUACGUCAAAAUCAAGUGGCAAGACAUCGAUGAGGCCGAUCAAAAUUUGUUGACAAGGGGCUGCUGCUGGAUCACCAGCGCAGACCUCGUCAGAUUGACGGACAGGAACACAGCAGAGCAAAAGAUUUCGGACGCCUGGGAAAAGCAGGAGCAACGUUACAACCAUUGGCAAGGUCAGACGGGAAGAGACAGUCCCGAUCGCUCGCCCACUCCUUGUCCGUUGGAUACCUUCAGGGCAGGUAAGAGUCAAAGGGUAAAGCAAGAGCUCACAGCUACGGAGCUGCCUUUGAAAAGCAUUGAACGUGGUCUCGGUGCAAGAAAUACUUUGCCAGAGUCAGGCCAGUCAGAGCGAAUGCUAGGGAAGCGACCAGCGGUGGGAAUGGGCGAGCCGUCCAUUUCAGCCAAAAUGAAGCAGGAACUGGACAGCGAAGACGAAUUAUUUGUCUCCAAUAGAGACUCUGCGAACAAAUCAGAAGCUGGAAGCACAAGUGCCCCUCAAGGCGAGCAGCCAAGCUCAGAUAAUCAAGUGGUCACGUUCAGCGUCAAGACAUACCUUGAAGACAAAGCCAAAGCACGUGGCUGGGACUGGGUCAAGAUGAGUGAUGGUGAGCGUGAAAUUAAGGAAAAUGAGUUACUGGCGACAUACAGUUACUACAAGAGGCAGAUGGAGCUCUUGGGCGGGAAAGAAGUGACAGAAUGA